AGCUCUUUCGUUUCGGAUUAGUUCAGGGGUUCUGACAUAAUUAUCACUGCAGUCUCUUCCAAGCUUACUGGUUACAUAAAUUCUUCACGAGCGCUUUCCCUGCUGCGCAGUCUCCAUGAAUCACCAUGGCAGAGAACAAGUCAUAUCCGACAUUACAAUUGAACGAACACAGAAGGUAUUUGAUGAUGCCACAUCGAAUUUAAACUCGACCUCCGCUAGAACGCUUGACAAGCGGGAUCAGGCAGAGGAUUGUGUCGCCCAGACCGCUCAAGAAGUUGUAUCAGUGCACGAUUUCUAUACCCAGAAUGCCACAGCCAUCAAGUCAGCAUCUGAUGCAAUGGUCGUGGAUCUCUCAAAGAAGAAUAUGGGCGACUUUCUGGGAGAGGCAAAGAAGGUGAUGGAGGCCCUGGAUGUUCUGCAACAGGUUCACCCGUUUGUUGGUGUGGCUAUACUCGCUUUCAAGGCUGUCGUGAAUCUUGAGCUAACAAGAAGGGAAAACGAUCGUAGAGUUGGAUUGAUGUUAGCUCAAGCAUCUGACAUGAUGACCAUGCUUCUCCAACUUAAGGACACUAAAGAUCCUGCCAUCGUGGGACCUCACGGCAACAUUCGGGGGCGAUUGGAUCGUGUCCUGGACGGCAUCAAGCAAGAUAUCGAGGAUUGUGGAAAUGCCAUUGACAAAUACUACAAGUCAAAAUUCAUGGUGAAAUUCUUCAGAUCCUCCCAUUGGGCGAGCGAGUUCCUGAAAGUUUGCAACAGCUUUUCCCAGCGUACACAGGACCUCCAGCUCGCCUUAAAUAUCAGGACGACAUUGAGAGUUGAUAUUGCCAUUGAUAAGCUAGACAAGCUGAUCCGGAUGCAAAGCGAUCGCGAAGCGAGAUUCGAGAAGGAAGUGCAGAUGCGCGGUGGAAGAGAGAAAUGUUUGGAAAGUGAAGAAAAACUGGUAGAGCUACUGAAAGUCGCCGAGCAACGGGAAGGGCGUCCACAGAACAAACCGCAUGCUGAUCCUUCUACCAAAGAUGUCAACAAGCCUACUUCGAAGACCGGCCGCCUUGAUGCAUCGCUGCUUUACGAACUACGUGCUCCGUUACGCAAUUUACUUGACGAGAAUCGUGCACUCUUCAUGUUCAAGCUUGAUACACAGACAUCCGACAUUAAAGAUGCCAUCAAGGAUUCUGAAACGCGCAUUAUAUGGGCCUUCAACAGCAGAUUUCGACGGGUCAGGGAUCCGCACCUCCGGUAUAUCUGGAAAGAGAUGAAAUGGACAACAAGUGUCAAGACGCCAUACUUCAUUGCAGAACUCAAUGAUUAUUACGUGAACCGUUUCUCCCACCUCCGUCAUGACGCUCUGCUCCUAGAAGCAGCGUCGGAUACUUCAUCUUUGGUACCGCGAGUCUCAUCUCCAACUCCCACCGUCUCUGUCAUGUCGGAUUCAGAAGGAGAAGACCGCGAGCUUCCAGCAGUCGAUUCUGUGUACCACGAACUUCCUGCUGUCGACCCUGCAGACAAAUGGUGCUUGAAAUAUUUGUCCGUUUUCUACGUUCCAAGGUUAUCCGAAGGCUUCGACGGCGAUGCAAAUGGAUUGGUCAGUGUGAGGGAGGUGAAUGCUUUUACGUCCGCAAUCCCGUUGGGUUGGACUCUGCCGAAAGCACUUGCAUACUGGGCUGCAGGAUGGAGAGUGGAUAGCCAAUACUAUCAUGAACGAAUCGAACAGGUCUUGAAUAGCAUGGUUUAUGCGCAAGCAGAUGUACUUCCAGAAAAUAGGAGGUGUAUAGCCACAUACUUGAACUCAUAUGUCAUCGAUGGCUCGUCCGUUCUCUUGCAGAGCUUGGAUCGGAGGAUUCAGACUUGGAUCUCACACAACUUAUUGCUCAGCGUCGCAAGGCUCAAGAGGAGACAUUGGCGGAUAAGCUCAAGAUCGUCAAGUAUGAAAUCGACUCCAAAGAUUCUAUUAAACUUUUCGGAUCUGGUCGCAUCGAAAAUUUCUUGCUACCUUUACUUUACCUCGUAAUCAGGAGGCAUUUACAGAUCAUGAAACUCGCUAGCACAGUAGCUGUGGUCGAGAGAGAACUUGAGUCUG